AUGAUUAAACAACAGCAACUUAAGGCGCAAAGCGCCCAGGUCCUUCAGACCAUUACAUACGCCACAUAUGCAUAUAAUUCAAAGACGGCAGAACAAACGCAAAGGUUGAAAUAUGGAGAUUUGGAGAUAGUAUUGAAAAAUGGCCAUUUCGAAUUCGUUUGCAAAGGUGGUGCAAUGAUAUCAAAUAUAAAAGAAAUUUUAUUUAUGAAUUCAAAAAUUAAAGGAAUAACGGAUGAUAUAACAUCAAUUCCACCAGAAGAACAGAGAUAUUGCGCAUUAAAUGCAUUUCCUAAAGUUUUGAAGAUUGGAAGAUUUAAUUUAAAUGAGGAAUUCAUAGAAGGUUUCCUAAAUGACAUAAUGAAGAAGGUAGAUAAGGAAUAUGUGGAUAGUGAGUUAAUGAAGAAAGCAAAUUUGGUUUAUGUUGAUGGAAAAGAUAAUGAAAUUAAAGAAAAGGUUGAAUGGUAUCAUGAAUGGACAUUGGAGACUUUUAAAGUUAAAGCUGAUACAGAAUGGGUUUCAGGAUGUUUAGACCUUAAAGCAGAUAAAACUUAUGUUAACGAUGAGUUAGAGAAGAAAGCAGAUAAAACUUAUGUUAACAAUGAGUUAGAGAAGAAAGCAGAUAAGGAAAAAGUUAUUUCAUUCAUUAAUACUGAGUUAGCAAAGAAAGCUGAUAUAUCAUUUGUUAAUGAAGAAAUAAAACAAUCAGAGGUCUAUUUUACUCCACCAUUUUUAAAUUUUAUGAAAUCAUCGGAUAAAACCUUUGAUAUAGAUUCUUUUGAAUGGAUAUGUUAUGAUGGAGUGACCACGUAUUUAUUUUAUACAGCUGGAGUGUUUUAUUAUUUUAAAACAAAUGAUUUUAAAAACUAUGAAUCAUUUACUCCAUCUGUUUUGAAUCCUGAUACACGAAAGCCAAGAAUUUUAUAUGUUGAAUAUAAUAACGGUAAAUUUAUGGGAAUGAUAACGGUUGGAGAUGAUUUUUGCCCUUGUUAUUCAUUCGAUUGUAUCCAGUGGUUCAAAUGUAAUUUAAAUCAAGAUGCUAAAUUUAAAUAUCCAAAUAAUCCUAUUAGAUGUGUUAAUAAUAAAUGGGUACUAAUUUAUGAAGUCAAUCAAAUUUUCAUUAGUGAGGAUGGGAUAAAUUAUUAUAUGUUUAGUAUGAUGUCAUCAGAUUUGGAAAUUGAUUAUACAAGUAAGUGGUAUUACAUUAACAACAUGUAUUUUAUCCUACAAAAUGAUAAAAUUUAUAGAUCAUCUUCAAUACCACAAGGUCAAUUUGAACAAAUUUUUCAAGCUGAUGGAGACAUUGAAGCUUUAUGUUAUGGAUCAAAUGUUUGUGUUCUCGUUUCAGGUGGAAUGGUCUAUUCAUAUCCUGUAAGUUAUAACAGACAUAUUUAUUUAUCACAGGAUUUUUCAGAGGAUCCAGAGAAAACACCAAGUUGGGAAUUGGUUUAUUCAUUCACUCCAAAACUUACUCGAAAUUAUAGAUUUACAAAUUUAUUUUAUAUUGAUGGUCAUUUUAUUGCUUUAGGAUGUGGUGAUUUGGUAAAUAUCAGUAGUGAUGGAAGAAAUUGGUCUGAAAUCACAAAAUUUCAAGAUGUACGAAAAGCUAUUUUCAAAAAUAAUACGUUAAUAUUGAUAACAAGACCAGUUUUAAAUACUCACCCAGUUUCAAUAUUAUAUAAUAAAUUCAAUAUUCAUAAUGGAUUAAAUACAAUUCUUGAGAUGAUUUACCCCAUUGGUUCAAUAUAUACAUCAAUGAAUUCAACAAAUCCAGCUGAUGUAUUCGGUUUCGGUACAUGGCAGCAGAUUGUAGAUAAAUUCUUAUACUGUGCUAACUCUUCAAAGCAAACAGGUGGUUCAAAGAAAAUUUUAGAAGCAAACCUUCCACCGCAUAAGCAUACAGGAACUACAAACUUUUCUGGCGACCAUACACACUCAUUAAGAGACCACCCAUUAUACAACUCAGACUAUGAAACCGGUCAUGAUGUUUUAUCUCCAGCUUAUAACAAUUCAACAAAAAAGACUUUUCGACCAACUGAACCAGGAGGAAAUCAUUCACACACUUUUACAACAAAUCCAACAGGCUCGGGUGAAGAUUAUAUGCCACCAUUUAUGACUGUAUUUGCAUGGUACCGUCUUGAAUAA